AUGGCAGAAACACUAUCACCAAUGAAUGAAGAUGAACAAUCGAUAUUCUCCUCACUUCAUUGUACUCUCUCACCGAUUUCAAAGGCGACCGGUUCAGCAACAUUUACUUUGAAUGAUUCAUUAUGUACAUGUUUACUCAACGGUCCGAGUGAACUUCGUCAACAGCAAGAUGCAACUAACCGCUUGCAGGUCGAUGUCACCUUUCAAGCUCGUCCCGGUACAAGCCACACGAAUUCAACGGCGACAAAAGAUAAACUUAUCGAACAAUGGUUGGAAACGUUAGUGCAUUCCACUGUUUUAGCUGAAAAAUAUCCGCGUUCGCAGAUCAAUAUUGUCAUGUAUGAAGAACAAAAUCUUUCAGGUGAAGCGACUAUCCUGGCAUGUUUAUGUAAUACACUUUGUUUAACUAUGCUCGAUGCAAAUUUACCGAUGAAAUACGCUUUCGCAGCUGUACCGAUCGUGCAACAUCCAACAAAAGGUCUUUUGUCAUUACCGAAAACCAAAGAUGAAUUAAUCUGUACAACCUACUUUGUUUUUGUCUUCGAAAUUACCUCAAAUGAAAUACUAGCCAUGCAUGCCAGUGGGGAGUUCGAUAUGAAGUUGAUGGAACAAGCGAUUUCGAUUGCAAAACCUGCAGCGGGUCAAAUCUUUCAGUUUUAUAGACAAGAACUUGAAAAACGAUUAUCAUAA